AGAGUCAAGCAGUGAGUCGGAGAUUCCUCUCUUCCUCCACUACAGAAAUCACCCUGAAUCCCAAAUAAAGGCAGGAGCAUGCCGUGCUGCGGAGUUCUGUGUCAGUAUGAAACCAACAAACUGGUGCGGAUCCAGAGUGUUCGGCUCGGCUCUCUCAAGUGGAGUCUGAACGGAGCUAUUCUGCUGUUCAUCUGCAUCAUGUUGCUGUGGAACAAGAGUUACCAGCAGUUUGACCUUGUCGUGAGCUCUGUCACAACCAAGGUGAAGGGUGUGGCUCAGACUCAGCUCCCCGGGGUCGGGGAUGUCGUCUGGGAUGUGGUGGACUAUAGCGGGCCCUCCCAGGAAAAAAACUCCUUCUUUGUGGUGACCAAUGUCCUUGUGACAAAGAAUCAGAAGCAGGGGAAAUGCCCAGAGGUUCCCCUUAAAGGCAGAUUGUGUCGCACUGAUAAGGACUGUGAGAAAGGAGGCUGGGAUCAGCAGAGCCAUGGGAUUAAGACAGGCUCAUGUGGGAAGUUUGACGUGUUAAGGAAAACCUGCGAGGUCUCUGCCUGGUGUCCAGUGGAAACAAAGACGAGUCCUCCGAGACCCGCGAUGCUGGCAGCAGCUGAGAACUUCACCGUCCUCAUCAAAAAUAACAUCAGGUUUCCUGCGUUCAACUACAUCCGAAGGAACAUCCUCCCUAACAUGAACGACGCCUACCUGCGGAGCUGCCAGAGAGGAGGCGACUCUUUAUGUCCCAUCUUCAGACUGGGGGACAUGGUUCGAGAGGCCGGGGAGAAGUUCUCUGAAAUAGCCGUAGAGGGGGGCGUUAUUGGCAUCCUGAUCAAAUGGGACUGCAACCUGGACUGGCUCAUGCACCGCUGCCUGCCCAGAUACUCCUUCAGACGGCUGGACGAGAAGGAAAGCAACAGGACUCUGUACCCCGGCCUCAACUUCAGAUAUGCAAAGUACAACACAGUGAACGGAGUGGAAGAGCGGAUGCUGUACAAAGCUUUCGGGAUCAGGUUUGACGUCAUGGUGUUCGGACAAGCGGGAAAGUUCAGCUUCAUCCAGCUCAUCAUCUACAUCGGAUCGACGCUGUCGUACUACGCUCUGACGACUUUGAUGAUUGACUGGCUGAUUGGAACCAGAUGUUACUCUGCAGAUGUCGGACAAAACUAUUCCGAGAAGAAAGUGGAAUCAGUGCAGGACAAACAGAAGUGCAUUCUCUGCGUGUCUUACGUCGAUGAAAACAACAUCCGACUGGUGAAGAGCUCACAGAAGAGGAGUUUACAAGACAUCACACCGAUUUCUGUUCAGUCACACAAGGAGGACGCAGGACACCUCAGAGCCGUUCUCUGUCUGAUUCAGCCGGGUGUCAGCAUGGAUCAGAACGCUCAGCCUCCCUUUGGCCAUAAACCCGAGCCAACAACCAAAUCCCGUCGCCCCACCUGGUGUAAGUGUGCCCACUGCAUCCCCUCCUCUCUCCCUCAGGAGGAGCUGUGCUGCAGACGGAGCGACGGCGCCUGCAUCACCUCGUCUCCUCUGUUCGAGCAGCUUGUGUUGAGUCGCUCCCUGCUGGAGGCCGUCCUCCUGUACCGGGACCCUUUGUCUGCACCGGCUGGUCCAAGCUGCACCGCUGCCCUGCGUCAUUGCGCCUACAGUCAGUACAUCAGCUGGAGGUUCGGGAUCCCACCUACCGACAGCCAACCUGCCAUCCCCAGCUGCUGCAUGUGCAGAGUCCGGGGCGAGUACCCGAGUCCAGACGGAAAAUACAGUGGCUUCAGACCUGUCAGGAUUGCGUCCAUGCAGGCCUGCGCUAACGGAGAGCUGUAAGAGGAGUGUCCACUUUAAAGAGCAAAGACUCCUCCAUUGACUAACCCCACUAACAGUGCUGGUACGUUAAAUUUGCCUUACUAAGCAAAAAAAAGAAUGCACUAACUUUGAAAGCUUGCGUCUAGUCAGAAGGCGAAUGAAAGGAUGAGAAAAAUCCUGACAGAGUCCAUAAAUCACUGCAUUUACUCUGCAAUCUGUCAAGUCAUUUAGCAUCUUAGUAAAUACAAGCAAUUUUUCUCAAAUUCACUCCCUUCAAGCUGCUUUUUAACAUUUAUAUAAAGCAGAAACAUCAUUUAAAAAAAAACCUUACAUGCUGAGAGAAUACCCUUUCCUGCCAGGAAUGUGUUUACAUCCUUCAUAUCGCAUGGAAGAAAAGGAUUUUGUUCCUGAAUGGAAAGAAACCGGAACAUUUGAAACUCUGAACAGUUUAUUCAUUGUGUUGGAAUGAUGAAUCUGCUUUACAAACAAUGUUUGAACUUUUUUAGCUUGCGUUCAGUCAGGAGAUGGAUUAAAGGAUGAGGAAAAUCCUCAAAAUAAAUCCCUGCAUUUACUAAUCUGUCAAGUCAUAGCCUUUAAGCAUCUUCUUGCCUUGAAAUAAUUGUUAACAUCAAUAACAUGCUGAGAUGGUUGUCUCAUGACUUAAGUUUUUUACAUACUUCACAUUGCAUGGGGAGAAUGGUGUUUUGUUCCUAAAUGGAAAAAAACAGAAACUCUGAACAGACUCACUGUUGAAGAUUUAAUUUGAACCCCUAUGUUGGUUGUUACAACACCUUUCAACUUAAUGAAGCAUUUACAUGUGGCAUCUUGUUUCUUUCUCUCAAACAGCAAUGUUAGUUUGUGGCUUCAUGAAGAGUUUGUGCUUGAAUUUACCUGGUUGAAUAAAUGUCUAAAACCCAACAACUGUCACCGUACAGAAAUACUGGGGAAAUGGA